AUGGAAGCUCAUUUGAACAACCUUGGUUCCGGGAGCUGGAACCUCACAGUACGAACUCGACGAGAAUUUCACAGCCGUGCAAGAUGUUAUCUUGACACAAAAGCUCUCCUCUUCUCAUGGUUGCUCGAGAAGCCGCCAUCACCCGCGCCUGCUGUCAUGACACAGGCUAUGCCUGCUCCUACGGAUUCGCUGACUGGAAAACUCCCCAAACUCGAAAUACCUCAUUUUUUCGGUGAGCUACGCGAGUGGGAGACUUUUCGCGAUCUGUUUACCGCAAUGGUACACAAUCACCGGGGUCUUUCACCCGCGGUGAAACUACAAUAUUUGAAGAUUAGCGUAACUGAGGAGGUUGCUCAACUCCUCCAAAAUAUCGCUGUGUCUGACGCAAAUGACGAAGACGCGUGGCAAUUGCUAAUCGAUCGCUACGACAAUCCGCGUAUUCUUGUGCAAGGUCAUGCUGCUCGUCCGGCCACGACGGCCUCCAGUCACAACAACUCAUCGCCUUCGCUGGGUUCCAAGCCACACAAAUCGAACGUUUCGUCUCACACGGUUUCAAAUACUUUGAACGACAACGCAAACAAGAAAGGACGUAAAUGUCCACUGUGUUCAGAGUCGCACUUCAUCGGCGCCUGUACACAGUACAAGAACGAAUGUCCUUCGACCAAGAAAUGCCUCGUGUGCGGAAAGAGUCACCACACGUCAUUGCAUGCCACUGAUCACAGCUCUGUGUCCGCGGCGGAGGGUGCGUCACCCUCACCGGACAAGAACUCGUCGGCUGGCUCCGCAGCCUCAACUCUAGUGCAGGCUAAUCAUGUGAGCAAAGUCUUACCUUACACCAAGACCGUCCUACUCGGUACUGCUCUCGUCACACUCAUUUCGGAGUCAAGACGACAAGUACCAGCCCACAUCCUCAUCCACCCUGGUUCGGAAGGAUGCUUCAUCAGUGAAGCGGCCACGCAAGCGCUUCAAGUGACACGCACACCAGUGUCAACUCCCAUCAGCGGCGUCGCUGGUGCGAAAGCGGGGGUAUCGAAAGGCGUCAUCUCCGUCGUAGUGAGUUCACGGGUCGAUCCUUCGGUACAAAUCUCCGUUGCCGCGUAUGUGCUCACGCGAGUCACACGUUCUCUACCGUCUCGCGCUGCUCCCAAAGUGCGAUCGGAUCAUGUUAUUGAUCUCACACUUGCCGAUCCUGAGUUUGACAAACCACGAAAAAUCGACAUGCUUCUUGGCGCAGACGUCUAUCGUGAAUUACUGUUGAGAAGCAAUCGUUUCGGACCUCCUGGCACACCAGUUGCUCAAGAGACAAUUUUCGGAUGGAUUCUGACAGGUCCAACAUCGACAAAUCCUGCUUUGUCAAACAAGGCAUCGAGUAGGGUUCGAGCCCACCACUGCAGCACCGAGUCAGACCUCUCUGAGCUCGUGCGUAAAUUCUGGGAACUCGACGAGCUCCCGACCAAGGAGCAUGUCACCGAGGAGGAAGAGAAGUGCGAGAGUCUCUUCCGUGGAACUACGCGGCGCGAUGAAACGGGUCGCUACGUAGUACGUCUCCCCUUCGGUAAGGACCUAGUCAGCUGUCUGGGCGAGUCCCACGCGUUCGCGUGUCGCGCGCUCGUUCGAAGUGAACGUCGCCGCGAGUCCGAGCCACAACUUGGAGCGGAAUAUUCGCGAUUUCUUUCCGAAUAUCUCUCGCUUGGCCACAUGGAACUAGCUCCGGUCGCAAACGCUGGUGCCUGUGCACCUCGGUAUUACAUGCAUCACCACGCUGUUGUGCGAGAGGUACAAGGGCCCAAGUUGCAGACAGACAUAUCGGCCAUUCUUACGCGAUGGAGAAGACAUCGCGUAGUGUUCGCAGCGGACAUAGUAAAAAUGUUUCGACAAAUUCACGUGGCGCCCGAGGAUUGCGAUCUUCAGCGUAUCGUCUGGCGAGAGUGUCCUGAGAGUCCUGUUCAAGAUUUUCGCCUCCUCACCGUCACGUACGGAACGGCCUGCGCUUCAUACCUGGCCAUUCGCACGCUGCAGCGACUCGCUGAGGACGAAGCUCAGCAGUUUCCAACAGCUGUUCACGCUCGUCGUCAUGACACUUACGUCAAUGACACUCUUACUGGCACAGGCGACCUAACAUCUGCGAGAGAAUUGAUGAAAUCUCUUACAAAUCUCCUGAAGAGUGGAGGUUUCGAAGUCGGCAAAUGGAUGUCGAACCAUCCUGAACUGCUGGUCGGCAUUGGCAACUGCGAAGCGUCUUCUCCGUCUGCUCGAAAAUUCGAACCGAACGAAUGGGUGGGAACUCUUGGCGUCGUUUGGACUCCUUCUGACGACUCCUUCCGGGUUAAACUUAACCUGGAUCUGAAUCACACCACAGCAUCGAAGCGAUCGCUUCUCUCCGAAUUGGCACGAAUAUUCGACCCCCUUGGAUGGCUCGCACCCGUGCUCGUAUACGUGAAGAUCUUCUUCCAGGAUACAUGGAUCUCGGGAGCUACGUGGGAUGACCCUCUACAUGCGGAAACGCUCUCUCCGUGGCUGCACUUGCGAUCAACGCUUCCACGGCUGGAAGACCUCGUCAUACCGCGUUGGCUUGGUCUCACAACUCAUCCGCGUCGGUAUCAGCUUCACGGAUUCUCGGAUGCGUCAGAGCGCCCGUACACUCCUGCAGUGUACGUACGUGUAUGCAGUGAAGAUGACUCAUACACCGUAUCCCUUCUGUGCUCGAAAACGAAGGUCGCUCCAGUGGAAUCCAAUCGUGUCGCAGAAAUCCAAACACUGCUGCCUAACACGACGUGGCAGCACGUAAAAUCAGCCGAGAAUCCAGCAGAUCUCGCAACUCGAAGUAUCACACCAGAGCAAAUCCUUCAAGCGGACCUCUGGUGGCAAGGUCCAAGCUGGCUGAAAGGACCUCAGUCCGAAUGGCCGCAGCGCAAAUUGGCAUCUGUUGAUAUCACGGGUCUCGAUACACACAUCGAACCAAUCGUGCAUGCUACAUGCAUCGCGGAAGAUAACGAAAUUCUCUCUCGAUUCUCCUUCCUGAAACGCUUGCUUCGAGUGACAGCAUGGUGUUUACGCUGCCGGAAUGGCAUCCCAGCCGAUCAUCACGUUGCUCUGGGGGAUUUACAACUCCUCAGUGCUUCAGAAAUUGCAGCUGCUCGUGAGCGAUGGAUAAUCAUCACUCAAAGAGUAGCAUUUCCCGACGAAAUCGCUGCUCUACAAAACAAGAAACUGUUGCCCUCGCGCAGCGCCCUCACUCGACUUAACCCGUUCCUCGACGAUGGAGGCGUACUCCGCCUUGGCGGGCGGCUUCAAUGCGCUGUUCUCUCCUACCAGGAACGCCAUCCCGCCAUACUACUGGGAUCAUCGAGAUUCACGGACCUCUUCAUACGGCACGCACACGAUAUAACUCUACACGGCGGUGCACAGCUCACGGUGAGCCAUCUCCUACGGCACUGUUGGAUCCUAGGCGGACGCAACAAGGUUCGUUCGCUGGUGCGUCGGUGCAUCGAAUGUACUCGACACCGAGCGCCAAUACCACAACAACAGAUGGGUCAGCUGCCUACCGCACGAGUUAACAAACUUUCUCGACCGUUCGAGAAGGCAGGAUUGGAUUAUGCCGGUCCAUUCUUACUUCGAGCGAGCUCUGGUCGGGGACGAACAACAUUCAAGGACUACAUCGCGCUCUUCGUCUGUCUCGCAACGCGAGCCAUUCAUCUCGAGGUUGUAGGAAGCUACACGACUGCAUCAUUCCUUGCAGUGUUCAAACGCUUCACGGCACGUCACGGUAUCUACUCAGAACUGCAUAGUGACAACGGCACGAAUUUCCGCGGAGCUGACCAAGAGCUUUGA